CUUAGCCGCGCGGCUGCGGCCCGCCGGCAAGGCGGUCUCCGCCGCUCCCUCCGCCGCUCCCUCCGCCGCUCCCUCCGCCGCCGCUCCCUCCGCCGCUGCGCCGCCUCCGCGCCGCCAUUCGCUGGAGCGUGCGUUUGGAGUGCUCCUCUCGGUCAAUUUUCUCGUCUUCUGGGCCGUGCCAAUCUUUGGGAUGGGGCAGGCGUACCACCUUGGCCUGAAGCACGUCCUGCGGCCGCUCUACGACCGGCUCGACCGCUCGGCCGCCCUCCGCCGCUUUGCCGCCGCAUAUGUGUACAACAAGCCCGCCCACGCCGACUUUGCGGCGACGGCGGUGCUCACCUUUUUGUCGACGACGGUAGCGUUCGGCGUGGCGCUGCGCUAUCAGCUGGUGCACGGUCACCUCCCGUGGGCCCUCCACGCAGCGUACAACUGCGCGUGGGUGGGCAUCGGCGGCCGGAUGAUGGGCUCUGCGUACACCUUUGCGCACAAGGAGGGGCACAAUGGCGUGCUCUACCAGCGGUGGGUGCGCCGCACGGUGGGGAACCUCUUCGAGAACUGGGUCGGGCUGCUCUACGGCAACGUGCCCUACAACUUCACCACCUCGCACAACCACAUCCACCACGCCCUCGACGGCGGCAAGGGCGACACCUUUUACUGCUACGACCUCGAUCGCUCCUCGCUCUCCGACUUUAUGCUGUACCAGCGUCGCAUCUUUCUGCACAUGGCUGGCCUCUCGUCGCUGCGCUACUUCCGGCUACGCGGCAUGCACAAGCAGGAGCGGCUCCUCGCGCGCGGGUGCGCAAUCUUCUGGCUCGCCUUCCCGCUGCCGCUGCUGCUGCUGACGCGCAGUCCGUGGUUCCUCUGUGUGGUGUGGCUGCAGCCGCUCUGCGCCAUGUCCUUCUUCCUCGCCCUCGUCAACUGGGCCUUCCACGCCUUUAUCGAGCUCGACGCGUCGGGCCGCCACUUGCCCCAUGUCAACGCGCUCACCAUCCUCGACGGCCAGGACGACAACUUUGGCGAGGACGACCACAUGGCCCACCACUACGAAAACCCGAUCGCGCACGCGCGCUCGCGGCACGACGCGUGGCGCGCGCGCAUCAUGCCCGAGCUCAAGGCGAACCGCGCCUCCAUCUUUAAGGAGAUCUCGAUCGUCGAGCUCGGCAUCCUCACACUGCUCGGCCAGUUCGAGCGCAUCGCCGAGCGCCACUACGUCGACUUCUCUGGCGAGCUGUCGACUGCGCAGGUGGCCGAGAUGCUGCGACGCCGCGCCCGCACCAAGGAGAGCACGCACGAGGAGUACCUCGCCUGGGAGGCCGAGACCGAGGCGGCACUCCUCGCGUCGCCGCCGCCAAAGGAUGACUGACGGCGCCCCGGGCUGCGCUCCGCGCGGCCGGCUGCAGGCGCGAGGACGUCGAGCCGGCCCUGCGCCGCUAGGGAGUGGAAGGCGCGAGUUACCGUGUCAGAGACACAACACAGGUGAGAGGUGUAUAUGACAGCAACGAACCCUGAGCACCGUCAAGUCGUCGUACGCCACUUGGCCUCGGGGGCAUGACAGACGCUAGCAUAGGAGUCAGAUCACAUAUAUGUCGGUUGUCGCAUCAUUUAAAGCUAGAAUCAUCAAUCAACAAGACACAGAAUAAUCAAUAAACUGCUGUUAUA